AUGGACGAGGCACUCUCUCUCCAAAAAUCAAAGGCGCAGUGGCUCUCCGCUCUCGACGACGCCCUCGACCGAUUCCGCACCCUUGUCUCUGAAUCUUCUUCGAAAGCUUGGAAGCCAGUCAGCCUUGUUGGCAGCAACCCUGCAACGCCUAGCCUAGCUUCAUCCUCUUCCUUCCCAUCUGCAUCAUCGCAGAAUGCCGGAGCAGCAUCUGCGACGAGAACGGGUGCUGCUAAAAGCAAGCCUCGCGAAUCAUCCUCUCUGCGCCAUGUCGAGUCCAUCGAGAAUGUAGCUGCCCGCAUUCGCUCGACAACCUCAUCGCCCAGCAGAUCAACAGCAGCAACAGCCUCUAUCUCACAAUCGCAGCCCUUCAGCCUGGGCCGCUUCCGACCCGACCAUGUCGCUGUCCACCGCAGAGGAGCGAAAGGUCCAGACAUCUAUCGAGCUGUUUCUGAAGUCGCUUACGAAGGCUCUCCUGACCUCACCACCUUCCGCUCUGUCCUUCAAACUCCCGAGACUCGUGCUUCAUGGGAUCGUCUGGUGCAGUCAGCAGAGCUCGUCGAACAACUCGACCCCAUCACACGCAUCAACAAGGUCCACUAUCGACUCGGUUGGCCAGCUAGCCCGCGCGACGCCAUUCUCAUCAACAGGACGCUCGCCGACGACUCGACGCUCAUAGACAUCUCAACCUCACUACCAAGGUCAUCAGAUGCACCUUCGUAUCUUCGUCCAGCUCCACCCUGCGUCAGAUCCCACGUCCACCUCAUGGCGUGGUGCAUACAAGUCAUCCCGCCCGACCCUCCAGGCUUGUCUGCCGCCAAACCGACAACAUCAUCCCCUUCCUCAUCCAACUUGCGCUCUUCGCCUACCAUUAAGCUCACUGUAUUCUGGUCAUGGGAUCUUCGAGGUGCCUGGAUGGGCAUGCCCGCCGGUGGUCUCGGCAUGCAUUUGCCUGAGCUCAUCAAGGCGCUCCUGAGCCAUGUUCGCAAGAGCGCUGACAAGAUUCCUCUUCUCAACGACUAUGGCAACUGUGUCGAGUUGCUGUCAAACACUUUCGACCCAACCAGAGACACGCUGGCAUCCGAAUAUGCUAUUGUCGUCGAGGAUGCAGAAGCACGUCAAGCAGAAGACCGCGCCCAGAAGGACCUCGACACAGUACACUUACUCCGUUCUCGCCGAAAGUUGGCAGCAGCUGUCGAAUUCUCUCUUCCUGCCAGUCAAGGGUGGGACGUGAGAGUGGAUGUCAAAGGGCAGGCCCCUCCCUCUUCUACUCAAUCCGAAGGAGCAGGAUCAGACGAGUCUUCUCGCUCAUGGCGCACCACUGCUGAGAGGUCACCUCAAUCGCAAUACACUAUCCUCUCCAUUCGUCAUAAGCAGCUACAGGAUGCUGACCAGCUAGUCAGGAUCAAAGUGACGAUUCAGCGAGUCGUCGCCAGCAGCGACCUUCGCGUCAACGACGCACCAGUCGAGGUCACCCCAGUCGAGCCACGCACAGCUGCGUCUCUAGCUCAACCUUUGCUGGAGGAUACAGCAAGCAUCUCGGGCAUCAGCGUCGCCACCGCCUCGACCGGCAGUGCUGCAUCCAUCCAGGCCGCCAACCCAGGAAGCGCAGCCAAUCCAUCGCGCACCGCAACGCCCAACUUGGGAUUCGCCAACCAGAUCAACUCACAGAUUCGCCGCAACUACAUCUACUUUACCAGUCUCUUGCAAGAGCCCGAAGCCAAGUGGAAGCCCAUCAGUGACACGAAGGGCGUCACUGUGACACAGCUCGACUCGAUUGACCCGACAUUGGUGGUGUAUCGCGCAGAAGCUGCCUUUGUUGGCGUCAGCGUAUGGGAUCUUUUCUCGACCAUCGGCAAUCCAGGUGCUCGAGCAUAUUGGGACAAGACACUCGACGAUGCGACGCUAUUAACAGAUAUCAAUGAGCUCAGCUCUUUAUGGCAUACCAAGAGCAAGCCCAGCUGGCCCGUCAGUGCCCGUGACACUGUCGUUAUUCAGACAGCAUACAAGGCUCCCACCUCCGUCCACAUCUUUUCCUUCUCGACCGACGACCGCGCCCAGUUCCCCGCUAUUCCUGCAGUCGAGCCGGCUACCAUCCGCACUCAAAUCGAUUUGCGCGCCUUCUCCGUCGAGGCGCUUUCACCGACAACAGUUCACGUCACCAUGCUCGAGCAGUCUGAUCCGAAGGGCUGGACGAGCAAAACAGCCACACCAGCUGCCAUGAUCAGUGCUGUCGCUGGUGUCGGCGAAUAUGCCAUAAAGUUCGGCGGUCCUCCCGUCCUCACACGUCUGCUAGGAGCUAAGACAAAAGUGUCAAGAUAUGAUCACGAGAAGGCCACCUUCCGCAUCGAGUAUGCCGCCGACCCAGUGGCAGAAGACGAGCUAAACGAUGCUCCCAAUGUUGAAUGCGAGAUUCGCUGCGAUGUCGAAACGUGGGCUACUUCGCUCGAUCUAGUCGUCGAUCCUCCACCCAUCUCCAUCUCAUGUUUGCGGCGUCACAAGCUCGCCCAAGGUGGUGGCGGUCUCUGGCUCACCAUCGAACAUGCGGCAGCAUCGCUGGAAGAUGAUGCGGCCCGCAUUACCGUUCGACGAGGCACUUCACGUGACAAAGGCACUGUACAUGUCAAUGGUGCCAGCAUCAAGGUCGAUGUUGAUCAGCUUAACGAUGAGCAGGUGCAGCAGCUCAGUCGACAGAAGCGAACAAAGCCUCAACGAGUACCUCUCGACUUGAUCAAGCCGAUUCGCAAAGCAACGCAAGACUCCACACCGGUCAGCAAGGGAGCUUCCGGUGAGCCUGGCACUCCUGCAGCCUCAAACGAGACCACCAUGGAAAAACAGGCGUCUCAAGAGACUCCAUCGACUUUGAAGGGUACAGAUGCAGCUGAGCAGCCUGGAAGCGUGUCUGCAGCUGCUUCGACCGGCAACGACUCCGCCAAGAGCCGUGAAGGCCGCAGUGACCACCUCGCCAGCUCAGCCACAACACCAAUCACCACUGUGCCUUUCUCGGAUGAGACGCCACGCCAGCCGAUGACAUGUGCCCUCGACGUUCUCUUCCUUCUUCGACGCAUUCACGCCGAGCGUUCUCCAGAUCCUGCUGGGACUCCAGCUGGAUGGGGCCUCGUCACCGAGCGCAAUGGACUCUACGUCCGAAGGAAGCUGAUGGAAUCCAUCUCAAGCACAGUGCUCGUACAACGCGGCGAUAAGGUCCUUCAGGGCUUGUCCGCCGAGGAUCUGCUUGAUGUGGUCUCAAACCCUCGCAGUCGCAAACAGUGGGAUGACAAGAUCGACUCCACCACCUUGCUUGAAAGCUACGGCGACGGUUCUUUCACUUCUUUCAUCACGACAAAGGCUAGCUUCCCUUUCAGAGGGCGCGCAUUCUAUCUUGCCAGCUUGACCGCACGCGGGGUCCUACCUUUGAGCUUGUCAGCCACCAGUCCAGGUGAAGCGCCAGUCUCCAGCUCGGCUUCAUCAUGGUCUGGUCCCGCAGUCUACUUCCACGCAUCUGCCUCUUUCCCACAGCAGAACUCGCGCUUUGCUAUGGACCGUAUCAACCCUGCUGCGCUCCCCUUGGGCAAGGUGCUGAUUGACGGAUGGAUCUUGGAGACGCUCGAUCCUUAUAGUUCAACAAGUUUCCAGAUCCCAUCGACACGGUGUACGCAUGUCGUGGCUGUCGACUAUGCUGGUAGCUUGCCAGUCGCGGUCAACACCAUGUGGAAUGCCAACUUGCCUCGAUCUGUCUUGCUUGUCGAGGAGUACCUUAAAGCAAGAGGUUCGAUCCCGUCAGUCAAGACUCCUCCACCAUGCCUACAGGUCCUUGGCGAUGGAAGGGAUGAAGACCAGGGCUUAGUUUGGUCGAUGAACGAUCCAGGCCGUAAGAACCUGUUCAUCUCGACUAGCUUCGACCCUGUCACUUGCAUUUAUGACGCGAUGAGCAUGCACAGAGCCACAGCUCAAUCCACCACAGAGUCCCUAUCCGGCCUUCUGCCCGCAGCAACGAUCACCUCAAACGGUAAAGGUCGACCCUCGCGAGUCUCGGACGCGUCAAUGACGACAGGCAUGGCGGAGAAACUGACACAGGCGAUCAACGCUGCACCUGGCACACCGAUGCUCGCAUCAGCAGCGCCACCUGUCAACUCGAGCGGAGAGCAAGAUUCGACUUUGUCACGAGCGACGAGCAUGCAUUCGAUUUCAAGCACUUCAGCGACGAGCACUGCUUCGACCAUUCGCCGCCGACCCAGCUCGAUUCAAACCGACUCUCGCAAUGCGACAGACUUGAUCCUCAUGGAAGUCGAGAUCGAGCUUCGACAUUAUCACAAGGGGUAUGACAUUCAGGUAUUUUCAGAGUUCGCAUCUGGGCAGCCUGCCAAGGUUGAUUCGAGUGCUGCUGUUGGACAGGCGGUGGAGAGGCCCGCGACGCCAAGUGGUGCUGGUACUGGCGCUGUUUCCGAGCGUGCACCUGCGAAUGGCAAGACGACUAACGGCACGGCGGCUGGGCAGAAGCUUGCAGGCGAAAAAGACGAGGUGUUGUCGCUCAACAUGGCAUCUGAAACUUGCAAAGUCUUGCCGGUGCAGUUGCGCGUUUACGACCUGCCACCAAGUGCCGUGCUCGCGGCAACACUCGAUCCUUCCGCACGCCCACGCAAGCAUCUCGUCCGAGUGGUCGUCCCAACGACAUGCUUCCUGGAUCCAGUUGAAGAUCCGCUUACAGGCUUAAAAGCACCCGAGGUGCCAACAUGGUACACCUCUUUGCUGGAGAGAGGUGCUGUCCUGCGCGUUGUUGUGAAACCUUUUAAAAGCGAAGGAGCUGACGCCGAAGCAACGGCCGCAUCACCAACCAAAGAUGCGGCUGCUUUCACGCCCUUCGCUACACCCACAGGCAAAGUGCCUGUUCGAAGUGGAGAUGCCAAGUUGGAAAUUGUUCAUGUCAACCAGACCUCGGCGAUGCUGCAAAAGGAGCAGAUUGGGGUGGAACCGAUGACGCAGCUUAAGCGUGUUGCGCCGCCUCGACCCAAGUCGGGGAGGAAGUCGGGUUCGGAUGCUGUUGCGAGUCAAGAAGAUGUUCGAUUGCCUGCUGCUUUGCGUCGACCUAUUGCGACCAGGAAAGAGUUGCUCGCGGCAAACGCUUCUUCGACGAGUAAAGGUGAUGACAAGGGAGCUAAAUCUGGUGCUAGCUCCGCUGCUGCAAAAACCAGCGCUGGCACAAGUGGCGCUGCACCAGGCGAUGCUUCCACUGACAAGACCGCGAAAGGAGGUACCACCCUCGCCCCGUCUUCUUUCUCUACGGGCGCGGGUUCGGCGAACGGGUCGGCCCCAGGUUCAGCUCCCCCUUCUCGAGCAGCGACACCUUCGGCUCCUACCUCAACAGGUGCACAAAUCAUGAGCAUGUUCGGUUCCUACCCUCUCUCUCGUCUUGGAACUGGAUCUGCCCUCGCAUCAUCAUUGACGUCGGUCUCGUCAGUAACAGCACGAGGCAGCAGCGUCGCUUCCUCCAGCAGCGCAAAAACGAAUGCUGAAGCACUAGCCGCAUCUGAUCGUGCCAAACAUCCCAAGUGUGGCGAUACCAAGGACAAGUCAACUGCUGAUGGUGGUGGUACUGCCGACAAGCGAGCUGAAGAAUCAAAAGCAGCAGAAGUGGUGGCAGAAGCAGCAGCUCAAGCUUCCAACACUAUCGCAGAAGCAAUAAAGGCCUUGGGGAGAUUGUUCAGCUCUCAGACGCAGUUCCGCUUUUCAACACUGGUGCUGGUUGCAGUGACGGCCUUCUUAGUAGGCUGUCUGAUGCGAUCCUUUGUUGAACCAUUGGAUUUCGUGCUGGUGCCGACACGACAGAAGCAAUUCACUGCUUCCACUGUCGGCAUUGAAGAAGUGAAGAAGGGAGCAGGUACACACAAGUUGACAGGCAAACAAAAGGCAGCGACGGCAAAAAACGACUACUUGGGACUAGUAAACAAGAUCAAAUCCACAGAAGACCUGGCUGAGUUGGGUAAGAAAGUCGGUGUCUACGAUCAAGGCAGUGAGAGAGGCAUGGUUAGACAGGUGCAAUGGACUCAGAUGAGGAGGGUUGUGCAGGUGCCUCUGCCAGGUUUCGGGUGGGAGGUGAUUGUUGCUGGUGUGCGAAGAUGA